AUGUCAACGUGCCAACUAGUUUCGGUCUCCGCAAACACUUCCUCUCCGGCGCCAUCCUCCCGGGAAAAUGUGCCCUCCAAGACUGAGACGUCUGAGACGGACAACGACUUGUUCGCCGGGCCUAUUCGGUUUCCCUUCGUAAGCCGGCACCAGCCGCAUCCGAGGCGAGUGGCCCACAUGCGCGGCCUUCUUGACGCGCCCAUUUGUCAUGUCAACGAUGACUACGCGGCCCAAACUGCCGCCAGACAGGCCCUAUUGCGAGGGCAUCGUGCAAGUCAGCCUAUCGACAGCAUGGCAACGGCCCAUUUGACCGGCUUGUCACCGCAGUACCACACGGACUUUCGGCUUCGUCAGGCCCCAGUCCACCUCGUUACCGAGGCCACAAUACAAGCCCCCAGCUUUGCUCGUAUUCCCGUCGCCCUUGCAAUGCUGGCCCAACCUCGCCUCCGACGGCCGAACAUCGACACCAUCAACAGUCUACAGUAUUUCACAGGCCUGCGCAACUUCUCCGUCCGCGAAAGGCCUCGGAUAGGCUUGCUUGCCGCUCUGACAACAGGCUCGCAGACGAGACUGCCAGCCUGGGCAGAGGAUCCACUGAUAGCAUGGCAACCGCAAAAGUAUAAAAAUUACAGGUCAAACCCAGAACACCAGGACGACCAGGGGGCCUGGCGACAGUCUCUCAAAUGGUUUACCAACAUAAUACUUGGUGAGUCAAACUUAGCUUCCGGUGUGGCUACGGUGUUUAUUUUCCUUUCCAAGCCAAAACAGCAUCUACCCUCCGGCCUGGCUGUCGAUUUAUGUUCGCAUGGUCUGUGA